UUUUUUUGCUAGAAAAAGUAAUAGUGAAAUCCUAGUCAUUUAAUGGUAAACUGAAAGAAGGAAUUUGUAUUGUAUGGUGCAACUGAAAACAAUGAGUGAUGAAGAUGAAAAGUGGUAUCCAUUUAAUUGAAGUGGAUGGCUAGGUAGCAAUAAUAAUAGCAUUUUACAUUUGCUUUCUGGUGUGGCGCCAUUGCAAAGGGCAAAGUCUUGUUUUGUGAAGAAGGGGUGCUUUGCUUGAUGCUUGGAAAAACAAAAACAAAAGGCAUGAGGAUGUGAUGCCCAUUGUUCUAGUUUUAGUUUUAUCCAUCCACAAGCUUUGUUUUGUGAGUUGUGACUUUGUAACCCUAUAAACCACACACAAAACCACACCCUCUCAUUUCUCACACACUCUUUUCCUUUUGUUUUGUCCAAGACAUUGGCUUUGGAGUUUGAGGUACAAUCUUGGAAGGAUUCUCCACAUUCCUCACCACCCUUUGUGUCCUCCAACUUCUCUGCAACAUUUCCUCACUUUCUAGACCCUUAUCUCACGUUCCACUUCCACACCUAUCAUAAUGCCAUUCAGGAGCAUCGUGCGUGAGCUCAAGGAGAUUGGAGAGGGCAUCAGCAACAUGUAUAGAAGAGGGGGAGAGGCCAAGCAUGUGCAUCGCCAUGGAAAAUCUCACAUUGCACCAGAGUGUUCCUUACCACUGCCACUGCCACUACCACCACCAUCAUCACCAUCUUCAUCCUCAUUGUCGUCGUCAUCAUCGCAGAGCCGGUGGGCUAAUUUGCCACCUGAGUUGCUAUUAGACAUAAUUCAAAGGUUGGAAGCCAGUGAAACUUCAUGGCCUGCACGUAGAGCACUUGUGGCAUGUGCCUCAGUUUGUAGGGUGUGGAGAGAGAUAACAAAGGAUGUGAUAAAGACACCAGAAGAGUGUGGUUUGCUCACUUUCCCCAUAUCACUGAAACAGCCUGGCCCAAGAGACUCUCCAAUCCAAUGUUUUAUUAGGAGAGAAAGAGUGACUUCAACAUAUUGUUUAUAUCUCGGUCUGAGCCCAGCUCUUUCUGGUGAUAUGAGCAAAUUGUUACUGGCAGCAAAGAAAAUUAGAAGGGCAACAUGCACAGAAUUUUUUGUAUCAUUGGUUGCUGAUGAUUUCUCUCGGGCUAGCAACACUUACAUUGGAAAGCUGAGGUCUAAUUUUCUGGGCACCAAGUUUACGAUCAUGGAUGGCGAGCCCCCGCAUGAAUCUUCACUUCCAUCGAAUUGCAAGUUGCAGAAAAGAGUCCAUCUGAAGCAGGUACUUCCUAAGGUUGCUGUUGCUAACUACAAAGUGGCCACAGUAUCUUACGAACUCAAUGUCCUCCGAACAAGAGGUCCGAGGCGAAUGCGGUGUAUGAUGCACUUAAUCCCUAUAUCUUCAAUCCAAGAAAGAGGAACUGCCCCUACUCCUUUGAAGUUUACCAAUUAUCUUAAUGAUCAAGAAUCUACCCCUAUCCCAGACUCAAAAGGAAAGAAGCCAGAAGUUGUUGAGUUGGACUCAAUUGGCACUGAGAAUACUCAAGAAUCAACACAGAGAGCAAGUGAACCAUUGAUUUUGAAAAACAAAGCUCCUAGAUGGCAUGAACAAUUGCAAUGUUGGUGCUUGAAUUUCAAAGGAAGGGUUACAGUGGCCUCUGUGAAGAACUUCCAGCUUGUGGCAGCUGCUGAACCAUGCCAAAAUGUUUCAGCUAUAGAACAAGAAAAAGUGAUACUACAAUUUGGAAAAAUUGGGAAGGACAUAUUCACCAUGGAUUAUCGAUAUCCCCUCUCAGCUUUCCAAGCCUUUGCAAUAUGCUUGAGCAGCUUUGACACAAAACCAGCUUGUGAAUGAUUUCUUCCAUUGUGGACUAUAGUCCUGUCAUGUCACUCUUCCUUGAUAUAAAAUGUACAUAUUUUUCAUGAGGAAGGAGAGAAGAAGCGAACUAAACAACUCUUAUUCUAAUGAGCAUUUUCAUUCUGCAUGCA